CACUAUCUGAACUUCUCUCCCAUCGAAUCGGAUUCAGUUGUUCGGUGUGCGUGUGUGGAAAGAGUUUGAAUCCAGCGAGAGAUGCGUGAAAAUCCAAUAUCGAAAAUACGUAUUUUGAGUCACUAUACCGAGUGGCUAUGCAAAUUUAGUUGCGGAUCACCCAAAGCAUCGAAAAGCCAACAGGUCGCCCUCCGACCAAAAUAAACACAUAAUAAUCGGGCAGCAACUGAAACGGGCAACUGGGGAACCGCUUAACCGGUUUCGAAAUAUCCAUCGUAUAGUUUUCUCGCCUAUAUAAUAUUCAAAUUGCAGUGGAUCGAAAUAUAAACACUCGCACUUGCAUAUAAAUUCGCAGAUAUAUGUCGUUUGUGUGAGUUUUUGUUUGUGGUUCGCGUGAAAAAAUAGUGUUGCCCGAGGAGAUCAAACAAUUAAAAACAAAGCCAGACGCCGACCAAGAAAAUAAACCAUAUAAGACAGCCAUGGGAUAUUCCAUUAAGAACUGCGAAACGGGUGAGUUGGAGUACUUCUACACAGACACCGUGCGCGAAAAAAGACCCGCCUACGAUGAGGAGACCGGCGAACCGAUCCACGACCAGGUCAUGAAGGUGCACUUCCGCAAACACACGAACUUCCAUGUACCCAAGCACUAUCUCCGUGGAACCAUAUGCGAUGAGGUGGACGACGAGCUGGCCAACACAGUGAGGCAUGGGGCAGCCACCGCCAUUCCCAACAGGGCUCCCAAAAAGGUCACACCGGGCUACGAACGCGAGGAUUACUGUCAAAUGGAUGGCGUGAGCAGCAACAUAAUCCUGGGCUACAACCGAAACCACUACCUGUUGUUCCUGGUGCCCACGCUCUUCUGCUACAACUUCGUCAUUGGAGUCACGCUGGCCCUCAUCGAGAUCUUCCUGCACAUGGUGUCGCACCACAAGAACAGCCUCACCAUGCAGAAGGGCCUGUACUUCCGGAGUCCACUCCACGUGCUGUCCUCGCAGUUCUGCGCCACCUGCCGCACGGAAUGCGACAGCAAGUACAACCGCAUCUUCGACAUCCUCAACAAACAGAUGCGCAACGCACAUCGCUCGGAGACGCUGAAGGACAUGGCCAAGGCGAUUGGCUAAGCUGGACGGGAUUAGAUUUGAUAUGGUCCAUAUAUUCAACAUAAAAGUUUUUGUCACACGAUCAACAAAAAAUAAAUGCACUCGUUUAUCACUCA